AUGGGGCCGCCGGCGCCGGGCCAUGUUCUUCUUCAGGUCCAAGUUGCAGUUGCAGGUGUGCGAAUAAAGGAAAUCUUAUGCAGCUUUCUGGAUCAGAGCCACUACUGCGCUUACAAUAAAACAAAGCCGCUGCCUUUUUGGCUCAUUAGAUUCUUCAUCAGUUCCAUGAAUUCCGCCAGUGAGCAAGAGCUAAGCCAAAUCCGGCACGAGCCUGCAGAAGCUAUGCUCUCUCAGGCCGUGUCGCUCUCGUCGCAACCAAGCCUUCCUUCCCUGCCAUCGUUAGGUCCCCGCGACCUAAACGUCAGCCCUUGCCACCACCAGUGCGUGGCCACCCUCAGAGACCACUCCUACGUCUCGGCUCUCGCCCUCGACGGCCACUCGCUGUACAGCGCCUCGUCGGACGGCCGCAUCAGGGUGUGGCCAUUGGGCGACGCGAGCGGAAGGCAGGAACAGCAACGGGAUGACGACGACGGUUGCAGGGCCACGGUCGUUGCCGCGUGCGACAGCUCCGUGAAGUGUCUUCUCGCCACGGGCAGCAACGGUCUCCUCCUCAGCUCCCACCAAGACGGCAAGAUCAUGGCGUGGCGGACCGGCGGAAGGAAGGACGGGACCCCGCGCCUCGUUCUGCGCGCCGUCCUGCCAACCUGCGUGGACCGGCUGCGGACGUUCCUGCUCCCGUGGAGCUACGUGCAGGUCCGGCGGCACCGGUGGCGCACCUGGGUGCACCACGUGGACGCGGUCACCGCGCUCGCGGUGUCCCCGGACGGCGCGCUCCUGUACUCGGCGUCGUGGGACCGGAGCCUCAAGGUGUGGCGGCUUCCGGGGUUCCGGUGCGUGGAGUCCAUCGCACCCGCGCACGACGACGCCAUCAACGCGCUGGCCGUGUCGCCCGACGGGCACGUGUACACGGGCUCCGCCGACAAGAAGAUCAAGGCGUGGAGGCGCCACCCGGAGCGGAGGAACAAGCACGUGCUCGUGCAGACGAUGGAGCGCCACAGGUCGGCGGUGAACGCGCUCGCUCUAGGAGCCGACGGGAAGGUGCUCUACUCCGGCGCGUGCGACCGGUCGGUGGUGGUGUGGGAGCGGGCCGACGGCGGCGCCGGGAGCAUGGAGGCCACUGGCACGCUCAGAGGGCACUCCCAGGCGAUCCUGUGCCUGGCGGCGGCCGGGGACGUGGUGUGCAGCGGCUCCGCGGACAGGACGGUGAGGGUGUGGAGGAGGGGAGCGGAGAAUACGGGGUACACUCGCCUGGCCGUCCUGGAAGGCCACGGCGCGCCUGUGAAGAGCCUAACUUUGGUGUACGGACGUGACAGCGGCUUGUUCAGCGGUUGGGGCGACCCAGAGGAGGGAUCGUCCGGUGGUGGUGGCGGCGGCGGCGGCCAUUGUGCUAUUGUUUGCAGUGGCGCGUUGGACGGCGAGGCGAAGAUUUGGAGCGUAUUGUUUCCAGUUCUCUUGUAG